UAACAGCAUCCUUGUACUAUUUGCGCUCUCGCGCUCGUGAAGAGGUGAUGGAGACGGAGAAUUGUUUGUCUUUUUCCUCGCCCCCAAACAGGAUCACUCCGGAGAAUUCCCCGGGUUUGGAGAAUAAUUCUGGCUCUUUCUUUCAGUGUGACGAUCUACAAAAGUCCCCACAUCUUCCACUUGCGCAUCGACAUGAGUUCUUUAACACACAGUCUAUUGGACGCUACGCUGACGGCGGUCCUGCGUACUUUACGCGCGGCGUAAACACUACAACUUCACGAGCAUCGCCUGGAAAACAUACAAAGUAUCUAGAGAUUAUGAACCAGGAUCAAAAGACUUCAUCGACCAGUGAGAAGAACUCGUCAUUUUAUGAAAAUAAUUCCGAUGGAGAUAAGCCCUUACCCAAGCCCCUUGGCUAUCCCUUCCUAGACUCUGAGUGUUGUGGAAAACUGAAAGAGCCGUCCAAUGGAUUGCCUGAAGACUCCAUCGCUGAUUCCAUUGACCUUUCAAGCAAGAACAAGAAGCGACGAAACCGGACGACUUUCAGCACCUUUCAGCUGGAAGAGCUGGAGAAGGUCUUUCAGAAGACACAUUACCCUGAUGUCUAUGCACGGGAACAGCUGGCACUGAGGAUGGAGCUCACAGAGGCAAGAGUGCAGGUUUGGUUCCAAAACAGACGGGCCAAAUGGAGGAAACGAGAGCGCUACGGGAAGAUGCAAGAGGUGCGACACCACUUUGCUGCUACAUAUGAUAUCUCCCUUCUCCCUCGUUCUGACUCAUACCAGAUGCAAAAUAACCUAUGGCCAGGCAGCGCGGGAAUGGGAGGUGUAGCCGGAGCAGGCACUGGCUGUGUCCUGGGCCCAGAAAACAUGCCGUCAUCCUGUAUGACCUCUUAUCCCCAUCCUCAUAGCAACCUACCUGGACUCAUGGGUAUGUCUGCAUCCACAGGCCAUCCUCAUCAUCACUCACCCCACCAUCCUAGCAUCAACGGGAUAUACUCACUCCAUGGCUUCCCAGGAGGCCUGGGAGCCCAUUCCUUUGAACCAGGACCAGAGUCUGAUUACAAGCCCUCGGGCCUUGUGGCCCUGCGAAUGAAAACUAAAGACCCGGGAAGCCUGUUAUCCUGGCCAACAUGACCAUGCAGCUGCAGCGAUUGCAAUGACAUCACUGAGCCAAAAAACAGUUAGCAUGCACAUACAGGCAUAUUAGUGUUAUCCAGAAACAAAGAACUGAAAAACAAUUUUUAACUCUCAAUAUACACCUCUCUUAUUGCAGCCAUUUAAUCUGUUUCCAUAUGGAAGCAUCUCAUUUGUUUGUGUGAGUAUGUUGAAACCCUGUGAGCCAAUGGGCUUGGCACACAACUUGCCUUAAUGACAUUUUUUCAAAAACUUUCUUGGAUACUGAACAUGUAAAAACAGUGUAAAAUUAAUUACCAAAGAAGAUGUGGAACAUGUUAAUUUAAGUAUGUUUAUGGUAAUCUAAUAGUUUCAGUGUAUGCAGACAAGUGUUUUAGCCCCAUCAUGACAGUUAAUAAAUGAUUUGACAUUUCCCAACUUUAUGCAUUCAAAUACAUCACCACUGACAACUCACAAUUGUUUUGUGUACCAAUUUCUUAUACAUAAAUACUUAAAAAGGCUACAGGAUUUUAAUUUUUUUGGUAUUUGAGAGAGGAUGUCGCCAUAUUGUAUUACUGUAAUAAUUCCGGUCAGUGGCAUUUUUUGUAAAUGGAUACAUGCCUUCAAAGUCUGCCAAAUGUCACUCAAUGCAUCAGCAUCAUGAGACAGCCCUGCUAAUACCAAACCAACUAAGCAACCACAAACCCCUCACUCUUGGAUUGAUUGUGGAUUCCAACGCUUCUCUCCGUUACACCCAUCAACUUGUCUGGUGUCUUGCUAUGGUGUCUAACAGCAGGGGCAGAACCACAAGCCAAAUGAGUUCUUAGUCAGCUUACAUGCUAUGAUCCAAUAGUUAUUGCCAAAAAUCAAAACAAACUUUAAAAGCACUUUAGACUCCAUGGUUAAAAAUGCUUGGAGGUGAAAUUGUAAUAGAAAAUAUUUUAAAGCAAGAGGAACCUCCAUGAACAAGAAUCUGAUUGGUAUUAUCUGACAUUUUUGUGUAAAAUCAUUAUAUGGACUUCAGUUGCAAAUGACUGUACAUACACUCAUUGAGCACUUUAUUAGGAACACUGUGGUCCUAACAAAGUGCCCUUCUGUUGUUGUAGCCCAUCUGCCUUGAUGUGUGAUGUGUUGUGCAUUCUGAAAUGCUAUUCUGCUCACUACAAUUGUACAGAGUGGUUGUCUGAGUUACCGUAGCCUUUCUGUCAGCUCUAACAGUCUGGCUAAUCUCCAGUAACCUCUCUCAUCAAUAAGUGUUUCAGUCUGCAGAACUGCCACUCUCUGAAUGUUUUUUGUUUAUGGCACGAUUCUGAGUAAACUCUAGAGACUGUUGUGGGUUAAAAUACCAGGAAAUCAGCAGUUACAGAAAUACUCAAACCAGCCUGUCUGGCUGCAACUAUCAUGCCACGGUUGAAAUCACAGAUAUCAAAUUUUUCCCCAUUCUGAUGGUUGAUGUGAACAUUAACUGAAGCUCCUGGCCCGUAUCUGCAUGACUUUACAUUGCAUUGGACUGCUGCUACACAAUUGGCUGGUUAGAUAAUCGCAUGAAUAUGUAGGUGAACAGAUGUUCCUAAUAAAGUGCUCAGUGAGUGUAAAUCCAAUACAGUUCUUGUACAAUUAUUCCAUACUGCUUAGUGAAAUCUUUUUUUUUUUAUCUAUACAACUAUGUUCCUCAUAGGGCCAGAGUUCAUAAAGAACAACAAGCAAGGAAAAAAAAAAUUUCUAAGACAAAUAUCAGAAGUUAUAGUUUCCCAUGCUGUUUGUGUUUUUUGAAAUGCCAAUCCAAUGUGGAAAAAAGUUAGUGUUAUGUGUCCCAGCAAUGCGACUGGAAUGGACUUUUCAGCUCCAUCUGGUUUUAAAGACUGCAUGCCAAUCCUGCUAGGAACUCUUUAAGAGUGAUUCACUUAAUCUAGAUGACACAUACUGAAAGACCAAAUAGUUUGAGAUGAAAACCCUGACUAGCUGCAGUGACAGGAUUUUCAAAACUCCUCUCAUAUUCUUAAUUCUCUGAAUGGGAACAGAUCGACAAUUGAUUUGGAGCAAGCAUUUUCUGAUGCUUCUUUCCAUUGUGCAGUCAGAAUGACAGAAAUGCUGGAUCACAUUAAGUGCCAGUUUAGCGGACCAUGGCGUGUUUUGAGAGAGCUGACAUGUGGUUCCAAUAGAGGAUAGAAUGGGAGGCUGACACAAUCUCUCUCCACACCCAUAGCUUCGAAUUCCAGCCUGAUCUUUUAAGACAGUGGAGCCAGCACUACACAUGCAAACUGAUUAAAUCCCAGAUAAAAGGAUGUGAUAAAGACAUACAGGAACACAAGAGAAGCAUUAAAUUAAAUUGAUGAGAAGUACAGUGAAACUGGCUGGAUGUUGCGUUAAAGAAUGCAGAGAGCAUAGUGUGCUAAAUGUUGUAGGAUGUGUUAGCAUAGACAUACUGGAUAUAUGAGACAUAAGUUCAUGAAAUAUUAAGAUUUAAAAUGAAUCCAGACUAGAGUAGAAAUGUAUAGGCCUAUAUAAAGUUAAGGAGAUCUGGUUGGACUAUUUUAAUGACAAGGCCUGCAGCAGGACAAUUGGAAAAGUUUUAAAUGUGUAAGCAGUUGAAUUUUCCUUCUAGUAAGUCUGUAAGUAAGCAAUAUAUUGUACUGGCUAUUGUAUUUAUAUUAGGUGUGAUGAGUUUUUUUCUAUUUGAUAGUGUUUGAUUAUAAUUGUACCUAUACAUAGCGCAUACCUUUCUGAAUUGCAUGCUUGUUGUCUGUUGACCACGCAAGUCUCAUAUGAA